ACACAUGAGAUUUCAUCAGCCUGUAUGCAAAGCAGAUGGUGUGUGUGUGUGUUUAGUUUAAUUUCAGAAGCGGGUGAACAAAGUUGCAGUAAUAAAGCGACUGAACCGAUGGGCCUGAAAUAUUCUCACCCCAAGUUGUUCCCGGGAGACAUCGUGGAGUAUCCCCGGAACAAAUUCUUCUCUCACUUCGCCGUGUACUACGGAGAGAGGGAUGGCGUUCCCUACGUCGCUCACCUCACAUCCAGAGAUUCAGACACCAAGCUGCCGCUCUAUGGCCGAGCUCUGAGGUCAGAGGUCAAACUGGAUCCGCUGGAGAUGCUGGGAAAAAAGUACAAGGUCAGCAACAUGUUGGACGACUCGUUCCCGGUUAGGGACUUCCACACCGUGGUGAAGCCCGCCAUCGAGGACCUGAUGGGCCGUGAGGUGACCUUUGACAUCCUGUUUCAUAACAGCGAGCACCAGGCGACGCUCUUCAGGUACGGACACAAGAAAUCUCAACAGAUUGAGAGGAUUUAUGAGCACAUCAUGCCAACCUGGAAGAAACUGUUUGAAGAGAAAAAACUGUGAAACAGCUUCAUGUUUAGUUCUCAACUCAACCACCAGAGAGCGACGUCUUCCUCAUGUCAAGUAGAAGGUUACAUGAUGAAGAGAAAAAUACUUUUUUUUGAUUCAAUACCACACAAAUACAAUAAUAUGAGGAAAGAAGUUGUAAUUUUCACUGUUUUCUUAUUAUUUCACAAUUUGUUUUAUCGUCUUUCUAUUUUUGUCACAAAUAAAGUUUUCUCCUUUUAUUAAAACCGUUUCAAGACCUCUGAAAUAAAUCUUUAACAUUAAAGGGAUAUUCCUCCAUUUAUUUUACUAUUUGGUCAUAAUAAGAUGUGACUCAACACAUUUU